GUCGAACGAAAGGCCGAAAGCGCAGCAGCAGACGGGUCGUCUCUUCCAGCUUAAAAACUUCAGGGUGAAAUUACAUUUUCCUGUUAAUUCUGCUCUCGAAAGUGCAUGGAGUUUCCCAAAUCAGCAGCGAACACAUGCAGUAAGACAUAUACUGGUAUCAUAACAGUGUAUUUAGUCCCAAAACAAGGGAAUUGCUAGAUUUACAGUUGACCCGAUAACGUCGCAAUCGAACAGUGAGGUAAUCGGCAUGGUCCCCGAAAGUGUCGGGCUCGCGGGAGCUGAAGUUGUGCUGGACUUCUUCUGUCAGAGCAUUUGUUUCGUUGGCUCUGUCUUUGUUAUAUUAUACUGCACAUUUUGUUGGUUUCUAUCUGUGGAUGCGAUCGUCAUACUAUCAAUCGUAUGUGUGAUAAGUGGAGUGGGGUCCCUGCUGUAUUUCAAGAAGACACGACUUGCUGAUUCGCAUCUGGAACGGUUUUUGUCCAGUAAUAAUUCUGUGAUCGCGCACAGAGGAGGAGCAGCUGAUGCACCAGAAAACACCAUCCUUGCUAUUCAAGAGGCAAAAAAGAAUGGUGCUAGUGGAGUUGAAGUGGAUGUUGAGAUCACCAAAGAUAGAGUAGCCAUCUUGAUGCAUGAUGCUACAAUUGAUAGAACGACCGAUGGCUCUGGCUUCGUUGGUGAGAUGAUGUGGAGUGAAGUAAGGCAGCUCAAUGCAGCAGCAAAAUUCUCUUCCAGUUCUCGAUCCAAGGUAUCUUAUGAAGCCGUUCCUACUCUUGAUGACGCAGUUCAGGAAUGUCUGAAUCUCAAACUUCGAAUCUUCUUUGAUGUCAAGGCCUAUUCAAAGCAGAUGGUUGAUGAGCUCAUAAAACUCUAUCAGAAGUACCCUGAUCUAUAUAAUACCAGUAUGAUCUGCUCAUUCUUCCCGACUACUGUAUACAGGGUGAGACAGCUAGACAGUGAUAUACUGACAUCAUUGACCAGCGAGCCUUACUUCAUAUCAAGCCAAGCGAUGAAGAGAUUGCCUGGUCCACCUACCUGGUGGAAGUUAUUGCCCUUUGCAAUCCUUGAUAGGGUUUUGGUGUGGAGUUUGUAUAACUGGUUGUGGAUACUGUGUGGAAACUCUGCCAUGCUACUAAACAAGGACAUGAUUUCACAGAAUACCAUCCGCUACUGGUCAGCGCGAGGUCUCACAGUGAUUCCAUGGACUGUCAAUAAGAAGACAGACAAAGAAUACCUUGCUUCACUCGGUUGCCAGUACAUAACAGACUGUGUCAAGUAGGCAGUCAUUUACAUUCUUUUCAGAAUAUCUACAGUUUAUUAAGACACGUGCCUUAUUAACAUUGCUUGUUAACACUAAUUGUUGAAAGACAAAUCUGUGGCUUUUGGUUCUAACAGUCCCUAUGCAAUGAGAUAUUAUGCAUGCGAAUGAAUACCAAAUUUUAUUUUUCAAUAUUUUUGGAAAAGGUAUUUAAAUGAGUUUGAUAUAGAGAAUACUGUACAUGUAUGCUAGUUAUUGCACAAAAAUGUUAUUCUGAGUGUAAUUACUGAGUAUAACAGGACAUACAUGUAUAUGCCCCAAAGAAUUCUGACUCGUACAUGUAUAUUGUAGUGCAAAAAAAAAAUAAUAAUAGCACUUUGUCCUGUGAGGCAUUUCAUAAACAUUUGUCAUUUGUAAAAUUUACUUUGUUUUAAAUGGAAGGGAACCAGAGGUGUCUAUUACCCCAGUGACUGUGGGAUAAUGACAAACAUGGACUCCCCCCACUAACAAUAAGGGCUAAUUAACCUAAAUGGUAUCCGAUGCCUCGGAUUUUCAUGGGAUAUUCAUAGGAACAGAAUAUAGCGUAAUUUCCAACGCAUCAAUUAGCUCAACUGGUGUGGCACGAUCAGUAAAAUGAUGUGGGGGCAGUUGACCACCUCCUCCCAAGAAAUUUUACCUUUUUUACUGAAAAUUUCACACAAUGCACCAAAAUUGUGUACAAAUCUUUCAUUUACAGAAAAUGCAAGUGCCCCAUGACAAAAAAUCUUAGUUUCUUGCCCCCCCCCCCUUUAGAAAAAAAAUUGCUGAACACAGCCAUGAUGACAAUUAACUUGUUAGUCCUGAAAAUUUUCAUGAAAUAUUGUGGUCUAUAUUAUGGUCUAUAUUAUGGUUGUUCCACUUUAUAUGUUUGUCAUUUUGCCUCCGACGAAGAUUCUGCUAGGAUCGAAAGCUUAGGCCCCUUUUUGACUUUCUAAUUUACUCCAUUGGCUCUCUUUUAUUAGAUAAGCAGUUUUCAGCAACUUCUUUUUGCCAUUGAAAUAUUCACCUAUUAGACUGUGUUUUAUUUGUAUGUGUCUGAAAUAUCAAUCGCCAGGCUUGUUAGUAUUGUUUAUAAAUUACCUAUACAAGGUGUUUUAGCAGCUAUAUA